AUAUUUCAUUGUUUCCGAUUAACAUGGAACCAAACGUAGUCGAUUCCGUUAAGGCCGAUGAAUUCAAAGCAGAUGAUUUUAUGGUAAAACAUUUCAAUGAUCCAAAAUUUAAUAGCUAUGAGGAGGGCCCGGGCAGCAAUCUUCCGCAACAAUUGGUCUUGCCGAAUAGGUCAGGUCGAGCGAAUUGUUCAGUUUAUGUGGCAUUCGUUCCUACAAACUUGGACGAAACAGGAAUCAAGAACCUGUGCAGUCAAUAUGGUCAAGUCAACGAAGUCCAGAAACGGCAACGGAGAUAUGAAAAUGUUUUUGAUGCUGUCGUUAAGUUUGCUAGUGUGGCGGACGCUGAAAAUGCCAUCUACAAUAUAAACAAACUACGUUUCAAAGUAAAGGGCAGAAAGAUGAAAGCUGAUUUUGACAAUCAACAUAAACGGCCGUCAGAAGAACCAGUAGAAAAAGUUGAUCCUGUCCACGGUAACAUUCCAAACGAGUUCCAUUUGCCAUUGGCCACACCGUCACCGCUGCCUAAACCGAAUGAAGUGGACAAUCAGCGCAUGAAAAUCUUGUUGGAGAAUGAUCAAAAAUUCUCAGCAAUCAUUAACGGUUGCGCUAGUUACAGUCAUUCGCCGGACACGAUUGCAAUGAUGGAAGAGGCUGCGUCAAAAUCGAUUGGAUACUUCCAUGAACAGACGCAACAUUUUGUGCACAAUGCUACUGAUGACUUCGCGAUACCAGAACGAUGCAAAAAGUGUGGCAGUUUUACAAUGAAGUUCUGCAAGGGCUGCAAGGACCCCCUUUGUUCUAUGUAUUGCUUGAAGGAAUACAAUCGCAAUGAAAGUAACUGCUCUUGUGUCAGUUCGAAAACACCCGAAGUCAUUGCCAAAAGACCGACAAAUCGUAGUUCUGUAGGCCGCGGAGCGAAACUACUUCCGCCUAGAGUUAUGACCCCUCGAUCAUGCUCGAUUUCCUCAACUGACUCCGAUACAUUCCUGCAAGCACAUCAAGACCAUCAGAAUAUUGAUUCAGUUAUCCAAAUCGAACCGUGCGAACUGCCGAAGAACAACGAAUUGGUUGUAAUCACCAAUGUUGUGAGCCAUAAGAUUGUUAUCUUAAGGUCGUAUGAGCCGAACGAUAAUGAACGAUACUUGAAGUACUUAAACGAUGUGGUCGAGUAUGCGAAAACAGCACGAACAUUGGACGAAAUGCCCAAGACAGGUGACAUUGUCCUAGCCGAGCAUGACGGUUGCUAUUACCGUGCGUUAGUUGCUCGCAUCGAAGAUGAUAAAGCGAUAGUGGCUUUUCUAGAGCUCGGCAGUGUAGUCCUUACACCGGUAGACAGGUUGAAAAAAUUGCGUCACGAUUUGCAGAACGUUCAGCGGUUCGUAUUUAAAGUAUCAUUGAGUGGCAUGGAGCUGCAAAAGAUGAAAACCGACAGUUGCCUGAUUUACUUAUAUGAAUUGUUGGAGAAAACCGUGCCGUUACGAUUCAUUUCAAAGGGCGCCGGCUCGUCUUCAGGCGACGUACAAUGUGAACUUUUUGUCAGUGAGACGAAUGAAAGCGUGAACGGAAAGCUAACGACAUUAAACCACAUAAAGCUUGGCGAGCUUGUUAUGUUGCAGGAUAUUCCUAUCAAACCAUUCGACGCCAGCGCUAGUGAAGUUGUUAUAAUCGACAAUUCGUUGGUCGCAAUUGGCAUUGUUACUGUGGCAAUACCUGAACAUAUAUCGGAUAUGGUUAACAUGCACCAACGGAUUCAAGAGUAUUGCAGAGAGGAAUAUAAAAGUCCAUACAGUCCUCGAGUAAACGAGGUGUGCCUUGCCAAAUGUAAUGGACAGUGGUAUCGGGCCAAACUCGAUAAAUCAUUUGGUGACAAGAGUCCGGUGAUGUUCAUCAUUGACUUUGCCUUGUUCAGCAAAGUACAUGUGAACAAUAUGCGACGCAUGCCGUCUGAAUUCAAAUAUCCGUUAUUCUCUGCAAUGGCUGAAAUUGGUGGCAUUACUGACACAACUGACUUGAACAAAUUGGUUAAUGUAUUUCCAUCAAUGUCGACCGUAUCAGUGGUAAAGGUGGAAUUUGUGAAUGGGAAUACUGACGAGCCGAAAAUUUAUUUUAACGUAUCUGACAGUCUGCUGGCAGUGGAAGUUACUACGACUCGCAGCGUUCGUAAGCCAAGACAGCAAUUACUUGAAAUUUUGAGAAAAAAGUUGACCGAAGUUGAAGGUCACAGAAAAUGAAUUGUUGAAAUCAAUCGUGACAGCUUCCUUCUACCAAAUGAAAUAAAAGACAAAAUAUAG